UGGGAAUCCCCCUAAAAUGGAGGAACGCACGUAGUACCAUCUACACUUUCGCUCUACUCCUCCCUUCCCUUCUGCCCUCCCUCGUUUUUACCUCGUCUCGUCUUCUGCCUAGCAGCAGCUAGCAACUUCGCUUCACGCUUACCCAUCGCUCGCUUCGUCGAAACGCCCCGCGUCUGCUGGUCGAGCAGCAAGCCGCGCGUCGAAAGGUCUAGGCUAAACGCGGGAACUUUUGCACAGAGCCCCACCGGAGUGCGCGCCUCGCAUCAGCCAGCGACUGUGACGUAGUUAUCAAAAAAUCUUUAUUUCGCUUCGCUCUGCGUUUGAUGUCAGCGAGCUUCGGUCGCGCGCGCAGGACUACUGAACAAACGGACUGUCUGCACAGACAGGUUUUUCUGCGGCUAGAAGACUCGUGGAAGUGUGCGAGAACCCCCACAAAGCGGUGCGAUGAGAGAGGACGCAGGAAGAGCAGGAGGAAUGAGGAAACGGUUCAAGUGAACGACGACUUGCAUCACCACAAAGUGCCUCAUCUGGACGGUGCAGCAGUUCGCGUCUGUCUCCGCACUCCCAUCCCGGAUGGUCUACGCUUCGGAUCGCUCUCAUCCCCGCUGACUUGAGAGUGUGUGUGUGUGUGUGUGUGUGCGCGUUUGGCCUUGGCUCGGGCUAUAUUUCACCCUGACAGUCAAUCAGCCCAUUUCUCUGUUCCUGGAGUCCAACUUUGCAUGCUUUCCAUUUCACCUUUUAAUACAAGGACACCAGUCGAUUAGUUUCCUCUUUUGAAUCAGCUGUCUUUAGGCAUCCCGUUCUGUUGGGUCUCCAUCCUCGCAAGACAUGAGAGCAUCUUCAGAGACUGUUGCGACAACAGCCACAGGAUACAGGUAUUUGGAUGCCUCAAAUUAGAGAAGGGUUUCUGUCAAUGCAAGAGGGCUAUAUAAAACCCACAGCUCCGAAGGGGCCAGCGUAGACAGCGUGGCGACCACUGCAAAGUGCCGUUCUGUACUGCUUUUAGUUUUCCUGGACAACAGCCGAAGAUGCACCACAGCAUGUCACAGUGACCUACCCCACCUCAGCUCUCCGAUAUCUCUCACUCCAUACUCACUGCACGUAUACUUGACUUUAAACUGAUCUUACGUUCUCUUCGUAAUUCCCCACGGCUGAUCAACAGACUAUGCCCCCUUUUUGUCCCUGAGAGAGUUAGCUUACUUCAGGACAGGUAGUCUAAGGAUCGCCCCCCUCCCUCCUCCUCAGUGUGCUCAGUUUUUGCCUUUGUGCUUUAUCACGCCUGGCUGCCCCACCCCAGCCCUCCACUCACCCGCCACUCACCGAGGGACCGCCAUGGCCGUCAAUGUGACCAUGGGCCGCGACACCAAGUGGCUGACGCUGGAGGUGUGCAGAGAGUUUCAGCGGGGGGCCUGCUCGCGGUCGGACACCGAGUGCAAGUUUGCUCACCCUUCUCGCACCUGCCACGUGGAGAACGGCCGCGUCAUCGCCUGUUUCGACUCACUCAAGGGACGCUGUACACGUGAUAACUGCAAGUACCUGCAUCCCCCACCUCAUCUGAAGACCCAGCUGGAGAUAAACGGCAGGAACAACCUAAUCCAGCAGAAGACCGCCGCCGCCAUGCUGGCCCAGCAGAUGCAGUUUAUGUUGCCUGGAGCUCAGCUGCAGCCCAUAACCUCUUUCCCAGUAACACCGUCAUUGGCCAACAGUCCGAGCAUGGCUUUCAGCCCGUACCUGAGUCACAUGAGCCCGGGCAUCAGCCUCAUGCCCGAACUUCUGCCCAGUGCCCCCGUGCUGGUCCCGGGGAGCCCCACCGGCAUCGCCAUGGGCAACGGAAACUCAACGCAGAAACAUGUUCGCACAGACAAGCUUGAGGUGUGUCGAGAAUUCCAGCGAGGAAACUGCACACGGGGGGAGAAUGACUGUCGCUACGCCCACCCAAUGGAAGCCGCCAUGGUGGACGGCAGCGAGAACUCUGUCAUUGUUUGCAUGGAUUACAUCAAGGGCCGCUGCACUCGCGACAAAUGCAAGUACUUUCAUCCCCCGGCUCACUUGCAGGCCCGGAUAAAGGCGGCACAGCACCAGGCAAGCCAGAACGCUGCUGCCAUGGCUUUGCCACCAGGAGCCAUGCAACAGCUACCAAAGAGACCGACCCUGGAGAAGACCAACGGCGCGGCUGCCAUCUUCAACCCCAGCAUGUUCCACUACCAGCAGGCUUUGGCCAGCAUGCAGCUGCAGCAGCCAGCAUUCAUUCCCACAGUAGACACCGCCGAGGUACUGAGCGCAGACCCGAUCGACCUCCAGUGCGUUCCCAUGGAGACCCAUUUCUGCCCAGUUCCCAAACUCCUGGUCGCUGCACCCAUGACGCUGAAUCCAGUAAGCCUCUCCCGCAAUCCCAGUUAAGACACCAACAACCUAAUCAGGCCCAUCGCUCAUGCAACAUGUGCCCAAACACAGCUGAAAAAUGAAUGCAACAAACGUGUGCCUAAUCAGUUCGUCCUUAAUGGGCAAUACAUUCAUCUCCAUAUCAGACACGCCCACUUCAUUCAAAGUCAACAGGGGUUUGUUGAUAUCGAAACAGGCAAUACUUAAGCUCGGACCUACAACUGUUAAAGGAAGCAUGCCAUCUUGAUGCAAGGGGAGCGUCCGGAUGCUGAAUCGAGAGACAGAGCGCUCUUAUAACUCACAGCCAUACAAAUACAUGCAAACCAAUUUGAUGAAAAGAGCGGAUCCUCUGGAGGUGAACUUUAGAUCCUGCUUAUUUAAGGUACGGUAAGCAGAACAUCAGCAGGUAGAAGGCGUUUUUCUGUCAUCGAAUGUGAUAACUGUGCAGAGCCCAUUGCAAUGAGAAUGAUUGACAGCUGCAAGCGCUUAUGAUAUUUUAGAUAGCGGUGAUGGUACUUUGAUUUCUUUAACAUUUAAUUCUAAUUAAUAAACGUGGCACGUUUUAUGUUUACAUUUGGAAAUUUAGGAUGAAAAUAAUUUAACAAUUAUUUGUAAGAUAACCUGUUUAUGAUACUGAUUUAAGCUUUUUAGUAAGGUUUCAAAAUGUGGUUGUUUGUGCCUUUGAGUUACAAGUGUGUGUGUGUUUUUUUCCCAAUUCUGAAUCCACUUAGAUUUUAUUCUAGACUAAGAGGGUAUACCCGUGUAGCCUUUCACAUUCAACGUUUCAUUAAUUUUUUUUUUUGUUUCCUGAUCUCAUACACGAGUAUUAUUUAUUAACCACUGUCCAGUAGACAAAUACAGCUUUAGUGAGAUCAGUGUUAUUAUCCAUACCAGAAGUAUCUCGCAUUUCAAGCUUCACAUCGAGACACAUAGUUACGUAGAUUAUUGGUUCAUCCAUUGAAAUGGAACUGCCUUAAGCAGACAUAAUAUCAGCACUUCUUGCUGAACAUUGUGAUGCACACUAAAGACUUUUGCAAGACUUCUGAUGCAUACGAUGUCUCAUUGAGGAGAGAUGGUGUGACAGACUGGUUUAAACUGGACUUUUUAAUUCCAGCUGGAUCCCUUCAGUCAAAGAUGACCUUGAAAUAACCCUUAGAUUGUGCUUAGAUAUUAGAACGUUAGCGUAUAUUACAUUGCUAUGGUUGUUGUGUGAAGAAAUCACAUUUCACCUCAAUUUGAAAAGAAACUGUCUGAUUUGCUAAAAGAAAGUGAAGCCUGAUUUUAUGAGCAUUAAGAUUAGUUUCUUUAUUAUUUAUUAUUUUCAUGAUGGUUAUACACAUUCCCUCUUAAGCUAUCAAAUCUACAUCUUUAGGAUGAAAUGUACCGCAAAUAAUGACUAAAAAUGUUCAGAAUAUAUUCAUACUUUAAUUUUAAAUGAUGUCACUAUAUAUUCUUGUGUGUUGUAGCUCCUGGUGAACAACACGUAAAAGAUCUAUUUUUCUUUGUUCAAACUGCAAAUUGCCUUUUGCUUCAUUUAAUUUUGAGAUGAAAUAUGACAGAGACACAUAUUUAUUCGAUUACCUUGUGUAACUCAAACCCUUUCUGAUGGCUAGACUGUCUCUGCCAAAGCCCUUGUCCUGCCCUACCUGCUGUGUGACAGUCUCCACUUCUUGUUUAUCCCUGAGCGUCGUAUCUUCAAGCCCUUUAUUUUCAAUAUCAGUUAAUUGCCAAAAUUAUUCUUAAACAGUUUGAUAAGUCGCAUUAAGGACAGACGGGCUCACAUGUUACAUUUCUUGUCUAAAUUACAAAGUGGAAAUCUGUAUAAAGUCACAGACUGGAACCUGAUUUAAAUAUCCCACAUGUUUUCCAUUAGUUUGCUGUAUUCAGCACCUUGUGCUUUUUUACUAGGCAGGCGGCACAGACAUGUCAAGUGCACGGAUUUUGUGCCAUUCGACUCCCAGACAGAGGUCAGUCUGUGCCAAUCACGAGAGCGUUCAGACUGUUUGAUGAGGCUUUGACGCGCCAAGGUCACUCGCCAGAUGGAUCUGAAUUGCAAUAUCAUUCUCCCGCAAAAGCAAAUGUGUCCUCCCAGGCAACAAAUUUAACCCAUUCGAGCAAGCUAUUAUUUCGUGCUUUGUUUUGAAACGUCUCAGUUAUUGCUACCUUUCAUUAGAUGUGUCCUGCAGUUGGGAAAUUGACAUCUGGGUGAUUUUUAACAGGUGUUUUUAUUAGUGCGUCAGUGAAUGCUGUGUGCGCACGCAAAUAGAGUUCCAGUCCUCGCCAACCAAGACAUUUCUGCUGUAAUACAUUAUUAAUAGUCGAAACAUGGAUCAGAUGAAACGUGAAAACUGAUGUCAAACUGACUGUACACCAAGGCCUGCAAUCCAAAGGUUUUGCCCCUUUUUGACUUGGAGGAUGAUGGCUGAUUGAAUUUAAACUAUUUAAAUUACCGUGUUUGUUUGUGCUUAUGAAACGUGUCAGUUCGGAGUUUCGAACAGGUGUAAAUCACUGAUUGUGUCCUUACUUUCAAAAGUCGGCAGACUCUAAAAUGCAAUGGCGAAGGUGACCAUGAAUUAUUGGAAAAGUGUUCUGGUUUGGACUGUGAGCUGAGAGCCAUGACACUCGGGCAGAAACGAUACAGUUAGAGAAAAGGGAAGGAAAUUGAUUAUUUUUAGACCUGGGUACUUUCCAAAGGCCCUCAUCAGCCAAAGGUUCAUUUACAAGACAUUAUCGCUCCUCGUGGGGCUUUACUAGCAUUUAUGAAUGUGACAUUUAAGACGGUGAAUGUCAUGAGAGGAUGCCUGUCUCACCACUUCUCUCGAACGAAACAUCAACCUUUUUCAACAUAUCAAGGAAGCGAAAGCCGACCAAUGCCAUCCACUGUUGAUGUAUAAAACAAAAACAAAAAAUGUAAUUUAGUUCUCUUAUCCGUCGUCUCCUUUGGGACGGCAGUGUUGUUUCACUGUUACAGCAGCAUAGCCCCAGGAGAGAGCUCUAAAGAUGCUUGUUUUGCGAUAACCUGAUCUAAAAACAUCAUGGUCUUCUAUUCAGCUAGUUUAGUGGCGGUCAGCACACACUACUGUAUCUAGGCCAAACACAAAAUCUAUUACAUCAUACAAUGGUGGUAUAAAACACGAACGAUUGUUUAUCUUGGUGGUCAAUAUAAAAUCAGAGAAAGAUGAUGCUAUAUUGUGUUAUAAGUGAAAUAUGUGUAUUGUAUACAUCUCUGUACAAUGUUCAUGUGCUGUAAGAUUCUUUUAGGAAAUCCUGGGGCAAAUAUUUCUGGGUUUAUUUAGGAGAGAACUGUUUAUCAAUGUGUCGGAUUGUGUUUUGUAAUUAAGUUCCAUUGCCCAGCCAAGGUGUAGAACCUCUUUCUCUCUGUCUGUAUCUCUCUCUCUCUCUCUCUUUCUCUCUCUCUCUCAUAUAAAGAAUUAUGCCUUCUCCAACUGCAAUCCAGCUGGAAUCAACUAAAUACUUGAUAAAGAAAAAACAAUGUGCCUCAUCGGGGGCUUUAGCAUUUUAAGAACUCACUUUUUAAGAAGUGUGCAUACCUGCAUAAUGUAGUUAGCUAGAAUAAUCUAUGUGUACGUAUUACAAACGCAUCAUCAUUAUAGUUUUUCAUUAAUGGAACCUGUUUUAACUAUAUCCUCAUUGAAUUCAGUCAUGUUUUGGUGUGUUUUGAGACACAGUGUUAGACUGUUUAGUUUCAGUUUGAUCAUUAUUAUCCUUACUUGGUUACUUACAUUACAUUGCACAAGUCUCAUCGCAUGAAAUUAGAAUAAUAAUCUGAAUAAUCUACAUCAUAGUUUGUGCAGUUAGUGGUUUAAGAUUUUUUUAAAAAUUACUUAAUCUCUAUAUCUCUAUAUCUAUAUACACGUUUGUAUGUAUUACAAUGAUAGAUUCAUUGUUACCUAUGAUAGUAAGUUCUUGUUGCUAUGGCAACAAAACUACAACAUGGCUACCUUUGUAUAUCUUAAUUGUGAAUUUUUUCACACUUCAAGUGAAAUAAUGUACAACGUUAACUUAUUCAGAAAGGGAAUGUGUUCUUAAAUUGUCUUGGAAAAACAGAUGAUUGACUAUUUUGUAAAAAAGAAAAAAAUAUACAUAUAUACAGACUUGUGAGAUACAAAUAUCCAAAGGCCCUUUGGAGACAUACAUUCUGUUAUAACGAUUAUUAUUUUUCUAUUGGGGUUAAUGAUUGGUUAAUGAUUACUUUUUGAUGGGUGACCGGUCUUUUGUGUAAACAGCAUUUGAGCUUUUCAACCAAUCUGAUGGAUCAAUUGGGAGAAAAAAGACUUUGGAGACACACAUUUGGUUAAAUUCAUGUCAUUUAAAAGCACCGUCGCAUUGUAGAGGGCUGGUAAUGCACUGGCAAUGGUGUGUCCCAAAAAAAGAUUUUAAAGUGUCAGCUUUUUUUAAUAACACAACCCAUGAUGUCACAAACAAAGGACGGAAUCAGCCAUAGUGAGCCUAUGGAGCCCCCGGAAUCAAGUUCUGUCCCCCUCUGGCCCACCCAGACUGCACCCAGCUGUGCUGGGAACUGGUGACUCGAGUCACCCCGUUGGUGUACGAAUGUGUUAUUCACCUUGUUUGCACUUAUGUACAUAACUGAGUCAAAAUAUUCCGAAUUUAUUUUGAAUAUACAUAGAUGAAUAAAUAUAUAUAUAUGUAUGUAGAAGAGCAGAUUCAAAUCAAAUGACUGUAUUGUUCGGAAUACGGUUAAACAGUUAUCUUUAUAAAGGGUUGUCAAAGAGAUGCUGUUUUGGGGUGUCAAGGAAUAUAUUGUUUUUGUUUUGUUUGCUAAUGCCCUCGUUCUCAUCAUGAAGCAUGAUGUCGCUUGCUGACAAAGGGAGAAAAAAAUGAUGUCAAAAGCCUUUUUAGUUUUGCAUAGCUUACAGAAGCGCAUUGAGCUGAGCACUGUGCCUGCUCAUAUCUGAUCCUGAAGCGUGGUUGUGUAGGAGAUGUAGAAACAUACUGUACACCUAUAUAUAUAUAUAUGUAUAUACUGUAUGUGUCUACCUCCCCUACCUGUGCAUAGAAGAAUGUGUCCUGAAAAAAAGGACGGCCAUCUUGUUUCUCUUUUACCUCUUCAGAAAAAAUGGUGUGAUUUUGUUCUCAGUAGUUCCACGAAAGGCAGAAAAUGUUCUGCCCAGAAAGAAAAAGAGAACAGCAUGGGGACAUUCAAUGCAGAUCCGAUCUGCCGCAACAAGCGUUAGCCUUCAGACUUCAGGAUCAGAUUUUAGCAGGAAAGCAUUGCUACAGGUUAUACAAAAAUGAAUAUUUCGCUUUGGUUUGGUUCAGUCAAUGAUGAUCAUUUUCCACUCUUGUGCAUCCACCAAGAACAAAUAUAUCUCACAGUAUCAAAAUCAAGGUUGCUUUGAAAUCAGAUGUUAAACCACCAGACAAAACCCUCUGUUAAAGAAAACUUGUACAUUCUGUGCUCUACUUGCUUUGGAAGCCAAUAAUUUUGUUGCCAUGGCACUUGCCCUUAUAGUGAGGGAGAGAUUGAGUCUUUGUAGGUUCUUGCAUAUAAAUCUCAGCCUUUUGACUGUAGAGCUGAGGUAGCACUUACAUUUAGAACUCGGUGUCCCAACUUGCAUACAGAGUCUGAAUGCAAACGCAGGACGCUCCUUUACCACUGUGCUUGAUGGGAAAAACAAACAAACCCUCUUCUGCUAUCCAUUUUCCUGUGCCUAAACAUUGUGUGUGAUGUGAACGAACUGAUGUUUAAAAGAAAGCCAUUGAGGUUAGACUUCCACCUAACUGUGCGCUACAUUCAGUCACCAAAUUUUCAUAUCCGUGACUGGAAUACUAGAGUCAGUGGUUAUUGUUAACGUUUGGACUUCACUGAGACUGGAACAUGACAUUAAUGUUGUACAAAGUUGUAUAGUUUCGAAAUGAAAACCACUCAUUGAUGCAGAGGUUAUGUCCCUUUAAAGGCGUCAGUAGGUGUUUGGUGGCAAAUGCUGAUGCCUGUGUAAAUGCUGUUGUGUGUGUGGAACAGUUAAAAGAAUGUCUACAUUGUUUCAAAGCCAUAUGUUAAAGAUUCCUCUCUCUCUCCCACUGUAGGACAAGGUAAAACUGAAUGCUUUGACUCUUUAUAUGAAAUGCUUCUCUUUCUAUUUAGCUUAUUGUGCUUGUAUGUGCUCAAGAACUGUGCUUCUUGUCAAUCCCUUUGCGAUAUAUAAAUGUAUGGAAUAUAUAAGACUUCUGUUCUUUUUGUUUGACAUUUUAAUAAAGCACUUAAAAGGCAA